AUGAAAGUUGCUGUCGUGGGUUGCGGGGCUGCUGGUCUGUGUGUUUUGAGACAUUUAACAACACCCAAAAAAAAUGAUCUGUCAGGUCUCAUCGAUUUCGAAGCUGUCGGUUUUGAACAAGCGCCCCAGAUUGGUGGCACCUGGGUUUAUUCUCCCAGCACUGGGUACGAUGCAUAUGGCCUUCCUGUGCACACAAGUAUAUAUAAGAACUUGAGAACCAAUUUGCCCAAAGAUGUUAUGUGCUUCCCUGAUUUUCCUUACCAUCCAGAUCUUCCUUCAUUUCUGCACCAUUCUGAUGUUCGUGCUUAUCUUGAAGACUAUGCACAGCACUUUCACUUGCUUAAACACAUCAAGCUUCAAACUAAAGUUGAAUUGGUGGAACUGGUUCCUGGCUCUGAUGGUUCACAGAAUUCUGUAAAAUGGAAAGUGACAUAUAAAAAAGUAUCAGAUAAUUCAAAGGAAGACAACAAUAUGAUUUCUGAUGUAUUUGAUGCCCUAAUCAUAUGCAAUGGGCACUAUUCAGUUCCAUAUAUUCCUGAAAUCAAAGGCAAAGAAAUCUUUAAAGGCGUUAUCAUACACAGUCAUGAUUACCGAGAACCAGAAAUGUUUGUCGACAAAACUGUUGUCUGCUUAGGAGCAAAGAGUUCUGGCAUUGAUAUUUCCAUUGAACUGACGGCUCAUGCCAAUAAGGUUUUCUUGAGUCAUCGGCGUCAGCCAUUACAGGCAGAAUUUCCAGAAAAUCUGUUUCAAAAACCAGGUAUACGUGAAUUAACUUCUGACGGUGUUGUAUUUGAGAAUGGAGAGUUUCAUCAUAUUGACACACUGAUUUUGUGUACAGGUUACAAAAUCAACUUUCCUUUUCUUCAUGAGAAUUGUGGUGUUCAAACAAAGUAUAACAGAGUGACUCCCAUUUACAAACACCUCAUCAAUAUUGACUUUCCAAAUAUGGCUAUUAUUGGUUUAUGCAUGAAUAUUACACCUUUGCCAUUGUUCCACAUUCAGGCAUCAUUUGUAAAAGCUGUUCUCCUUGGAAAGAUUGCUCUUCCAACAGCAGAUGAGAUGAGGAAAGAUGAACAAGAAGAUUUUGAUCAGCGGUUGAGGGAUGGGAUGGCUAAACAUCAUGCCCAUGUGCUUGGGGAGAAACAAUGGAACUAUAACAAUGAAAUGGCAACAAUUUGUGGAUGUGAGCUCUUGCCUAAGCAUUUUGAGGACAUUUACAAGUUUGUGCAUAUAAAAAGAUCAAGAUUCCCAGCAAAAUACAAAGAAAUGGACAUUGAUGUUGCUCAUGAAAAUAUGCUAUAA